GAACCAUUCCUCUCCGUUUACAGCCUCAAAUAUGGUCAUCACCGCUUGACGAGUGCAGCUGAUUGGCUGAUCAGAUCGACGGUGACAAAUAGCAAAUUUACGCAUUUACCCUUCUUUUCUCUCUCUCUCUCUCGCACAGCCAUAAACACCCACACCAACACACAUUCUCUGCUGUGAAUCUAUGGGUGCUCCGAAGAAGCCUCUGAUUCUAAUUCUGCUUAUAUUUUUCUAUUUUCUUAUAUGCGAAAUUGUCGCUGAAGGCGUCACCAGGGAGCAAGCUAAGCAGCUCAGAGAUGAGGUGCGUGAUAUGUUUUAUCAUGCUUUUGAUGGAUACAUGGAGCAUGCAUUUCCACACGAUGAGUUGAAGCCUUUAUCAUGUGGAGGAGAAGAUACACUUGGAGGAUAUGCAUUAACUUUGAUUGAUUCAUUGGACACACUGGCUUUGCUUGGCGAUCAAGAGCGCUUUUCUACAUCGGUUGAAUGGAUUGGUAAAAUUCUUCGAUUUGAUAUUAAUAAGACUGUAUCUGUGUUUGAAACAACAAUAAGAAUACUUGGAGGCCUACUCUCUGCUCAUCUCAUUGCCAGCGAUUAUAAGACGGGAAUGAGUGUACCCUCAUAUGAUGAUGAAUUACUUCACUUGGCGGAGGAUUUAGCCCGUAGAAUGCUACCAGCAUUCGAUACUCCUACCGUUCCAAGUGAAUCUGAGUGCGUAAAGUUCUUUUACGAAGUUUUUGAGCAUUUUUCUGUUCUCUUAGCAUUAUUUGUUUUCAAACACCGCUUCACGCGCAAGCUCACUUGGCUGAUAACAUCAACAGCUGGAGGUGGGACCCUGACUUUGGAAUUUGGGGUGCUUAGUCGCUUGACAAAUGAUCCUAUUUUUGAACAAGUCACGAAGAAUGCAGUUCGAGGACUCUGGGCUCGUCGUUCAAGGAUUAACCUUGUUGGUGCCCAUAUUGAUGUCUUCUCUGGUGAAUGGACUCAGAAGGAUGCUGGAAUAGGAACGAGUAUAGACUCUUUUUACGAGUAUCUACUGAAGGCUUAUUUAUUAUUUGGUGAUGAAGAGUAUCUUUUCAUUUUCCAAGAAGCAUACAAGGCUGCAAUGCUCUAUCUUUUUAAGGACCCUUGGUAUGUGGAGGUAAACAUGAAUUCUGCUGCCCUUGUUUGGCCAUUAUUCAAUAGCCUUCAGGCUUUCUGGCCUGGUCUUCAGGUCAUUACUUUCUCUUAUCCCUUCUUUUCUUGGUCCUGGCUGGAGAUAUUGAUCCUGCAAUUAGAACUCAUGCUGCCUUCUUUAGUGUCUGGAAACGGUAUAAUUUCACUCCAGAGGGUUUCAAUCUGGCCACUUCCAAAGUUCAGGUAG